UUGUUUUCUGAAUGUAAGCAGAAUGUCCCAAACCACUGAAGAUUACCUCCACGACACCCUGAAGGACUUAACGGACGAACCGUUAAAACAGUUCAAAUCUAAACUGUGCGACCGCACACGGAAACCUCGAAUUCGUCGAAGCGAAGUCGAAAAGGCGGACAGAUUGGAUCUUGUUAAUAUACUUAUCUCCAGAUACACCGAAAAUGGGGCCGUACAAGUCACCGUCAAUAUUUUACAAUCUAUGAAUUUCAAUGAUUUAGUAACCGAUCUGAUAGAAUCCCUCCCAGAAGGUAACUCCGCUUGUGAUUCAGGGGAAGAAGAAGUAGAAGAAGGAGGAGAAAGAGAAGGAGAAGAAGAUGAUGAUGACGAUGAAGAUGACGAAGAUGACGAUGAUGAUGAUCGUGAUGAUGAUGAUGAUGAUGAUGAAGAUGAUGAUGACAACGGGGAGAUGGUCCCACCUCCUCCACACCACCAACCCACCAACUUCCCUCUAGCCCUGUUCCAACCAACAGAAGGGCACUUCACUGACGUCCACCACACAGGCCCGUUCGAGAGUGUCAGCAACGUGGAUGAGAUGGUCGUCCAGUUCCAAAACGUCACUGUUAUCCAUGAAGAGAUUCGGGUAGUGGCGCAGCCAGAAUGGAAUGAAUUAUAUUUCUUGGAACUCACACAUUUUUUUCUUCAGAAUGGAAUCAGAAUGUCUGGAACUAAGGAGCUCCUGUUUGGCACCCUAAGUGAUUUAACUGAAGAUCAGUUAAAACAGUUCAAAUCUAAAUUGUGCGACUGCGAGCUGAAGCCUCGAAUUCGUAGAGGCGAAGUCGAGAAGGCAGACAGAUUGGAUCUUGUGGACAUACUAAUCUCCAGACACACCACAAAUAAGGCCGUUCCAGUCACCAUCCGUAUUUUAGAAUCUAUGAAUUGCAAUGAUUUAGCUACCGAACUGAAUAAAAUCCAAGGGGAGCUUGGUUCCGCGCGGGGAGAAGGCGCGAGCAGUGGAGGAGCGGCAAAUCCGGCAGCUGCAGAAAAGCACUUCGUUGACGUCCACCGCACAGCCCUGAUCGAGCGAGUCACCAAUACGCGCGCCAUCCUGGACCGGCUGCUGGAACGCGAGGUCAUUACCCAAUCGGGUUAUGGGGAGGUUAUGGCAGAGCUCACAAACGAGAACAAGAUGAGAAAAAUCUUCAGCGGCCCCAUGCAUUCUGGGGGUAAACGGGCGAAAGAUGCGCUGUACGAGAUCCUGGAGUCGCAAGAGCGCUUCCUCAUGGACGAGCUGAAGCAGCUUCGGGGGUGAAGAGAGAGCUUCCGGAUCAGGACAAAAUGGGGGAAGUGCAGAAUCCACGGGACGAUUCAUUUCCUUUGUGCGUUUUUAAGAAGAACCCAGGAAAAUGAAUUCCUGUUUACUGAUUUAUUUCAAUAUAUUUUCUUAUGCAUAAUAUUUUUUAAACUUCAUACGCGUGUUAUCUUAAACAACUGAGGUUGUGCUUUGCUGGUGAUGAUGGUGAUUGAGUUUUGGAUUAAAUAUGAUGAAUGAAACCUUUCAAAUGAAAUAUGACGAAUGAAAUCUCUCAAAUAAAAAAAUAAUGAUA